AUGGAGAUGAGCAGGCUUGUGGUGAGUGCAGCGCUGCUGUUCAUCGUUGCGUGCUGCAGCGACGUGGCUUUGGGCCGUGUGACGAGCAUCCCGCACCGGGGUGCCCUGUACGAUGGCCUGGCCAUGCGCGCCCUCAACCACCACAACAUUCCCGCAGUCUCUGCCGAUGCGCCUGAGCAAUGGUUCACUCAGGCGUUGGACCACUUCGAUCCGCGCAAUAGCGCCAAGUGGCAGCAGCGCUACUUCACCAACGACACCUUCUACCGCCCCGGAGGCCCCGUCUUCCUCAUGCUCGGUGGUGAGGGUCCGGCUUCGCCCAUCGAUGUCGGCGGUCACUUCAUCUUGAACGAGUACGCGCAGCGCUUCAACGCGCUCGUCCUGAGCAUCGAGCACCGCUUCUACGGCAAGUCGGUCCCCACGCGCGACCUCUCCAACGCCAACCUCCGCUUCCUCAACAGCGAACAGGCGCUGGCCGACUUUGCGAUGUUCCGUCAGUACAUCAGCGAGAAGCUGGCCCUGCCCAAGACCACCAAGUGGGUCGCCUUCGGCGGCUCCUAUUCGGGCGCCCUCAGCGCCUGGUUCCGGCUCAAGUACCCGCACCUCGUCGACGGCUCGCUGGCCACGUCGGCCCCGGUCAAGGCCCAGCUUGACUUCUCCGAGUACAACGAGGUCGUCCAGCGCUCGCUAGAGUUCUUCGUGGGUGAGUCGUGCGCCAACCGCGUGCGCGAGGGAACGCAGGCUGCCACCAACCUGCUCUCGUCGGCCGACGGAAAGAAGCAGCUGCAGAAACUGUUCAACCUGUGCACGCCCAUCGAGACCGAUGACGACAUCGCGCUCUUCUUUGAGAACAUGGAGGGAACCGUGGCUCAGAUCGUGCAGUACAACAACGACAACAACAACUACAACCACGGCAUGAACAUCAACAAGGUCAUCAUUAUCAUGUUGCAUUGGUUAAAGCGUAUGUGCGACAUCUUCCUGAAGGGCGACGACGCUCUCGCCGCCUACGCCGAGUUCAACACCGUCUACAACAAGCUCUUCGGCGUGGAUUGCACCCAGACCAAGUACACCGAAUACGUCAACCAGCUCAAGGAUGUGCGCACCUUCCCCGAAAACGACAACGCCGCCGGCCGCUCGUGGACCUACCAGACCUGCAUCGAGUUCGGCUUCUACCAGACGGGCAGCGCCGCCAACCAGCCCUUCAGCAAGACCGUCACCCUCGACUGGGACAUUUUCAACAUCGAUCCGUUCAACAAGGCCGAGCCGCUGCCCAACAUUGAGUGGACCAACACCUUCUACGGCUCCACGGGCCUCGCCGACCCCAAAGUCAUUCUCCCCAACGGCUCGAUUGACCCGUGGCACAUUCUCGGCGUUCUGCCCGAGACCGCCGUCGCUCACCCCGGCCAGCUCGCCGUUCUCAUCAACGGCACCGCCCACUGCGCCGAUCUGUACCCGUCGAGCGCAGAUGACCCGCUCUCGCUCAAGGACGCGCGCGCCAAGAUCGUGGCUGCCAUCGCCAGCUUCAUCCACUGA